AUGUCUGAGACGCUUGCAGAAAUUUCUAUUAAACUUGCUCAAAUUAUAUUACCGGUCAUUAUGGUAUUGGGUAUCACUGGAAAUUCUCUCAAUAUAAUUAUACUUACACGAGCUAACCUUCGUAACCAUGCAUGUUCAAAAUAUUUCUUAGCUCUUGCUUCGAAUAAUCUUAUCUACACUGUUUUUAUUACUUAUUUCUUAUUGGCUAAUGGAUACAAUAUGGAUGGUCAAUUAGUAUCAAAUGCUUCAUGUAAAAUUCUUCAAUUCAUUACUAGUGCAUGUCCAUUUUUAUCACCAUAUUUUAUUGUAUUAGCAUCAAUAGAUCGAUUUUGUGCUAGUUCAUCCAAUGCUAAAUUACGUCGAUUUAGUAAUGUAGUUAUUGCUAAAUGGUCAAUAUUAAUUCUUGUUGUAUGUACCUUAAUUUUUUUCAUAAAUACUCUUGUAUUAUAUGAAUUACGUGAUGAUGGGUAUGGAUGUUAUCUUCGAUCAGAAACAAUUUAUAAUCAAGUGUUUAAUCUUGUACAAAUAAUAUUAUAUGCUGCUGUCCCACCAAUUUUAAUGAUUAUUUUUGGUUUAUUAACAAUUUAUAAUACAACUCAAUUACAUGUUAUACCUCAAGUAACAAUGCGUCAUCGUCGUACAGAAGGUCAACUAGCUCGUAUGCUUUUUCUUCAAGUAGCUGUUUAUAUUAUAUUAAAUAUGCCAUUAUGUAUCUUAUAUUUAAUGUUAAUUUUACCAACAGAUUUUACUCCAACAUUAAAAUUUUUCUAUGCUUUUACAAUUGCUCCCUUUCUAUUUCAUUUUUCAUAUGCAACAACUUUUUUUCUCUACAUACUUUCAGCUCGUGUAUAUAGAGAAGAAUUAUUUCGAUUAAUUUCAAAAGUUUUUCAUAUUAGACGUGCAAUCCAAAUUCAACCAAUAUCAAUAACACAUCAACGUCGUCAUACAGAGGCAGCACGUCAUCAAAUACCAAUUAUACAUGAAUGA